AUGCACAGUUCCCAGCCAACACACCAAAUAAGCCCCCGUGCUGAGCGCUGUCCAAUCCUGAGCGUAGCCAACGAGCAGGGGGCGGGCCUCCGCGCUGGGAGUGGGAUUUAUAUCUCUGCGGUCCGCGGUUCCACUCAGAUUCCUGCAGCUGGACUCCAGGCUUCGCUAGUGCCCAGGAUCCCGCGUGGCCCUGCCAUGCAGGGGCUGAAGCUCUCCACGGCAGGCUUGGCUCUUGGGCACCAGGAAAUGGAGCCAUUGACAUUCGGGGAUGUGGCCAUUGAUUUCUCUGAGGAUGAGUGCGAAUGCCUGGAUCCUGCUCAGCAGAAUUUAUAUAGAGAAGUGAUGUUGGAGACCUACAACAACCUAGUCUUUGUGGGCAUGACUUAUCAUCCUCGAGAAAUUUUACCCGAACAGGGAAUAAAAGAGGGAGAGGGAAGAUAUGGAAAGUGUGACCUUGACUAUUUACAACUAAGAAAACAAUGGGAAAAUAUAG